UGAUCAAGAAAAUAAUUAUAUACUAACUAUUAAAGACGACAGAUAGAGAGUAAGUAAGAACUAUUGAAAUAUUGAAAUCUCUCUGAUGUUAUGUUGAUCAUGAACCAAUUUCAGUCAAUUCCCUUUAUCAUUUCCCUCUUUCUCGCCGGUGCCGGUGUCGGCGCCGGCGACGGCGGUACAUGGUCUCUCCUUCAACCCUCCAUAGGAAUUUCAGCUAUGCAUAUGCAACUUCUCCCAAACGACCGUGUCCUAAUCUUCGACCGGACCGAUUUCGGUCAGUCCAACAUUUCCCUACCGGACGGAAAAUGUCGUGACGACCCAAAUGAUACCGUUCUAAAAAGAGACUGUACGGCUCAUUCCGUCGAAUACGACGUCGUUUCAAACUCAAUCCGACCACUAACGGUUCAAACCGAUGUUUGGUGUUCCUCCGGCGCCAUGUUUCCCGACGGCAGCUUUGUUCAAACCGGCGGUUAUAGCGACGGCGAAAGAAACGUCAGGGUUUUCAAACCGUGUUCGGAUUGUGAUUGGUUAGAAAUUCCUUCUGGUUUGAUUAACAAGAGAUGGUAUUCAACUAAUCAUAUUCUACCGGACGGUACUAAACAGAUCAUCAUCGGCGGCCGCCGGCAGUUUAAUUAUGAGUUUUACCCGAAAACAUCACCCGUUUCUUCACCGGUUUAUAAAUUACCGUUCUUGGCACAAACGAAUGAUCCGAAGAUUGAGAAUAAUUUGUACCCGUUUGUGUUUCUUAACGUUGAUGGUAAUCUGUUCAUCUUCGCGAACAAUCGAGCAAUCUUAUUUGAUUAUCAAAAAUCGAUUGUAGUGAAAAAUUACCCGCAAAUACCGGGUGGGGAUCCGAGAUCUUACCCGAGUACCGGGUCUGCGGUUCUUCUUCCACUCAAGAAUUUAAACGCCCAAACGGUUCAAGCCGAGGUUUUAGUGUGUGGAGGCGCACCGAAAGGAUCGUAUGUAAGCGCCCAAAAAGGAGAGUUUGUUCGGGCGCUUAACACUUGCGGAAGGAUCCGGAUCAACGACCCGGAUCCAAUGUGGAUUGUUGAGACCAUGCCAUAUUCGCGGGUAAUGGGCGAUAUGCUAUUGCUUCCGAAUGGUCACGUGUUAAUUAUUAACGGCGCUGGAACGGGUACGGCGGGUUGGGAAUACGGGCGUGACCCGGUUUUCAGCCCGGUUGUUUAUCGGCCCGAUAGAGAUCUCGAGUCACGGUUCGAUGUUCAAAGCCCGAGUAAUAUUCCGAGAAUGUAUCAUUCGUCGGCUUUGCUUCUUCGCGAUGGUCGUGUUUUAGUGGGCGGAAGUAACCCUCACACUUAUUACAAUUUUACGGGAGUUAUGUUCCCAACCGAUUUAACCCUCGAGAGUUUCUCUCCGUCAUAUCUAAAUUCAGAUAAGUUACGCCCGAAAAUCAUCACCCCGGUCUCCGGAGCUCUCAAAUUCGCGUACGGGCAACAAGUGUCGUUGCGGUUCAGAGUCGACCUCGAUGGGUCGACUCUGGAUGGGAGUUCAAUUUUGGUGACAAUGGUGUCACCGUCGUUUAAUACGCAUUCGUUCGCGAUGAACGCUCGGUUAUUGGUACUUGACAUUGGGAAUAGUAGUAUUGUGUCGGGAAUUGAUUCAUCGACUUUUGAUGUUACGGCUGCGAUGCCGAGUUCGAACAAUCUUGCGCCGGCUGGAUUUUAUCUUUUGUUUGUAGUUCAUCGAGAAAUACCGAGUGAGGGUAUUUGGGUACGAAUAGAAUGAGUAAGUGAUUUAUUUGUAUUAACUAAUUUAAAACAUGGGGAAGGGAUUUAACGUUGCUAAAUAAAUAUUUUGUUACA